CUUGACAAUGGUGUAUAAAGCCAUCCUCACACUAACAGAAUGACUAUAGCUGGUUAUUGCCUGAAUGAGAAUACUGGAUCCUUCUUAUCCGAAUUGGAACUUCAUUUCGAAUCGAAUUAAUUUAGUUCAUUAAUUGUAGCCUACUCAAAAACAUGAAAGCCAUCAGUCCUAUGAGAUCUGUCAGGAGCUGCUACGAAGCUGUUUGCUGCAUUUCGGAGCAGAGUCUCUCCAUCACCCGGAAUAAGCCAUCUAUGGAGGAACCCGUGGGCGCGCUGUGCGAUAUGAAUGACUGCUACUCGAAACUCAAGGAGCUGGUACCGAGCAUCCCACAGAACAAGUCAGUCAGCCAAGUGGAAAUUCUGCAGCACGUUAUCGACUACAUCUUCGACCUGCAAAUCGCGCUAGAAGACGAGUCUUCAGCGACAACCACGCCUGACUUGGUGCUGUCAUUAAAGGUGAAGAUGGUUACCCCCCUCUCACCCCCGUAAUGCUGAAUUUAUUGCAUGUCUCUUUAUUUCCCAUUGUAUGAAAUGGAGGAAUAGACGUGCAUGUAAAGGAAAACAUGUUUUUUGCUGUGUUUACCUAUGAACAAUGUGAUGUUGUUGGAAAGAGAUUCUGGGAGUCGUUACACUGUAACAUCAUGAACAGUCAAAAUGUAUCCAUCAAGUAUCAGUGCGUGUUGCAUUAUAUGUAAUCACAGUGUAUCCACUCCAUAUGUCAUUGUUUAUAUCUUGUUGUCAGUCUGGCUAAGAAUUUCGGUGUCAUUGGCUAUAAUAUUUAUCAUUUUUCUUUUCCAUGAAGACUGCAGACCUUGCACGCAAUUUCUCCCAAGAAGAUGGACGAUUGUGCCAUUAAACAGGAGGAAUAUGACAUCCAGAAAUGGUAUGUAUCUAUACAUCUAUUUACAUCUAUUCAUGUGUUAUUACUGUUGCAUUACAUUAAUAUAUAAUCUCCAAUUUGCUGUGAAUAGGCUGGCAAUGGCAAUGGACUGCUUCAAAAAAAGUGUGUGAACAAACUCCAUACUUCAAAAAAAUGAUGGACUUUCUAAAAUUAUUAAUAACAAUAAAUAGCAAUACCAGGCACUGGUUUUGGAGUUGAAGGGGGCAUUGAUAUGCAGGGUAAGAGUCUAGUCCCCUUUACCCUCUUUUUUUACCCCCCUCUCACCAUGGUUGCCAAUUAGCCAAGCCAGUGAAUGUGUAGGGGAUUCAUUGCUAUCAGCCUGGGGUUAGUGAAAGUUCCACACUAGGCGCCAGCCUGUCUGCUCCCUUUCUCCAGUGGAGGGAGGGAGAGAGGGAGGGAGCGUGAGAGAGGCAGAGAGCGAGCACUGACUUAACUUUUUCUUCCCUUUCUCUCUGUGUGCAGGUGCAGAGAAACACGUCUCCACUUCACUCUGGGCUAGAGGAUAAGAGGGGCAGAAAGAAGGGGUAGGAUUUGGAGUGGGGGGAAAAGAGGAUCAACAGCUUGUUCUCUACACUCCUCCAGUCUCUUGUCACCAGACGUGACGUAAACAACACACCAAAGCAGAAAAAGAUUUGAAUGGAUAUGCUCUCUACUUGUUCCUCUCAGUUGGGUUUUUGUAUAUGUGUGAGCGUACCCCCCUCCCCCUGUUAUCUUAUAAUUUGAAGGUUUUUCCAACUAGGUCAAAUUGUGUGCAUAUCUAAUUUGUGAAAGCUAUGAGGGAGAUGGUUCAGAAGAAUGUGGUCUUGCGCGAGGGGGGGGGGGGGGGG